UCCCGUUCUUGCAUCCCUCCUCGCUGUCAAAGGCUUGUCAGAAUCCUUUCUCCCAUAAAACUUUCAGUUUCAAAUUACGCUGGAAGUACUAAAAAAUGAGAAGAGUGGAAUUCAAGCCGUAACUGCAUCAAGGUGUCCACACUGACAUGGAAGCUCCAAUAAAAUUGUUGUUCUCAGAGUAUAAAAACUAUUUUCAAUGGGUGGAUGCUUAGACAGCGGAUAGUGUUCAGCACAGAAAAGAAAGAAUGAAAGACCUUCCAUCUGGUUUAAUUAUUGGGAUUUCCAUUGGGGUGGUGAUUGGAGUAAUUUUGGCUGUACUGGCACUUUUAUGCCAUAGAGUACACAGGAGACAGCCUCAUAUAGGGAAUAGCAGCUCAAGGAGAGCUGUUACAAUCCCAAUUCGUAAAAACGCUGCUGAUGCAUGUACAGUACUGUCAGAUUCCUCUGUUGGCACUGAAACCCCAAAAACUCCUAUCCAAUAUGGGACGUCAAUGUUGUUUGGGAGCGUUAGAAAGUCAAACGUGGUAUCUGCAACUCGGAUUCAUGAGUACUCAUACAAGGAUUUACAGAGAGCAACUUGCAAUUUUUCCACAUUGAUUGGGAAAGGGGCAUAUGGGCCUGUAUACAAAGCUCAGAUGCCAACUGGUGAUACUUUUGCUGUUAAAGUGCUUGCAACAGAUUCUACACAAGGACAAAAAGAGUUUCACACAGAGGUUAUGCUACUUGGAAGGUUGCAUCAUAAGAACCUUGUGAAUUUGAUUGGAUAUUGUGCUGAGAAGGGUCAAUACAUGCUUAUCUAUGUUUACAUGAGUAGAGGUAGCUUGUCUUCACAUUUGUAUGAUGGACUAUUGGAGCCGUUGAGUUGGGAUUUGAGGGUUCAAAUUGCCCUUGAUGUAGCAAGAGGCUUGGAGUAUCUUCAUGACGGUGCAGUCCCUCCUGUGAUACACCGAGAUAUCAAGUCUUCCAAUAUUUUGUUAGACGAAUCCAUGAGGGGCAGGGUUGCUGACUUUGGUCUGUCAAUGGAAGAGAGGGUUAACAAACAUGUUUCUAACAUACGGGGAACAUUUGGAUAUCUGGAUCCUGAAUAUGUAUCAACGAGGACAUUCACCAAAAAGAGUGAUGUGUACAGCUUUGGGGUAUUACUCUUUGAACUUGUUGCUGCAAGAAAUCCUUUUCAGGGCCUUUUGGAGCAUGUUGAACUAGCUGCUAUGACAACAGAUGGUAAGAGCGGAUGGGAAGAGAUAGUGGACUCCCGUCUUAAUGGGAAGUAUAAUGUCCAGGAACUUAAUGAUGUGUCAACCCUUGCAUACAAAUGCCUCAACUCUUUACCCAAGAAAAGGCCUUCCAUGAGGGAGAUUGUGCAGGUUCUGGCUCGGAUAAUCGAAUCCAGACGUAGGUUGCAGCAUCACAAGCAGUUAUCUGCAACACUAGAAGAGGUUAGCAUCAGUGUAGACCAGCUACAUCAGCGGAGUCCAAUCUCUAGACACCGGCGUGUUGAAUCUGCAGAUAGCACCACUGAAUCGUGUUAGAUUUAAUGACUACAGUUCCCCAGUUCAACUCCAAUAUCUUCCUCUUUUCUCAUUACGUUUUGUAAUAUAAGUUUGACUGUUUGACAUAGGAUCUAGGAACUAGGCAGUUACAACAGUCUAAGAUAUCUCUUUACAAUUUUGCUCUUGCUUUUUUCUUUUAACUGUGUUUCUAGUUAAUUUAGAAGCCAAUACGGGAAGCUGGACAAGUCAUAAGUGACGUUGUUAAGUCCUUGGUAUGAGGUUCAAGUUCAUUAAGUUUUGGGCCGCUUUUCUGGAAAGUGUCAUCUGCUACAUUUUUUUCUUUCCGACCUAUAUGGGCGUGG